CAAGACCCUAAAAAAAAAAAAAAAAACUUAUUUACGGCGAGUUUUUGUCGCUGCAGAAGCAAGACCCAUAAAAAGGGACAGGAUCCUCAAUUCCUCACACUACCGAGUUACGGCAGGAUUUAGUUUUUGUUCCAUCCUUUUCUUCCUGCAACUAAACCCGUCUCUCCAUCAAUACAAAACCAAGCCUUCCACACCAUGCCCACGCAGAUUAGCUACAGCAGGGGAGCACGAGAAGUCAAGGUGGAAGAAGUCAUUUUGAAAUUAAGAUCCGACCUGAGCCAGAAGAGUUCGAAUUCCCUGCAAAUCUCUAGGCCCCGGGAGAUCAAUAUUCAAGGAGGAGUACUGACGGUGGAAGACUGGCAGGAGAAAUUCAGAUACGUGAAAUCAGGUUACGGUCAUGGUCAUGGUCACGGUCAGGGCGAGAAUCCAACCCAGCAGAUCGAUAAGGACCCGGAGAUCAAUAUUGAAGCUGGUGGUAGUGGUAAAAGUACAGAUAAUCCUCCUGCAAGGAGUUGGGAAGAUGAAUCAGAUGAUGAUAUGCUCCUUCACAUAUAUGGAGUACCAUUUGCUGAUGACGGGUUUGACGGACCUCUUGCAAGAUGUGAGCUUUGUGGUCAGACCGUAUCUCACUAUGCUGCAAGCUGCCCCUACUUGAUUCAUUUGCCACAUCACAUAACUCUUCCUCGUGGUUAUGACAGAGCUUGUAAGUGUUGUGGUACCAAGGAUGGCCACCCUGGUCAAAAGUGGGAGGGAUUUGCUAUCCGCAAGUAUUAUUUUAAUUGUUGUCGGGGAAGUGACCACUAGGAUGGUGACCCAGAAUGUCCCAAGAAAAAGCAACGUGUUUCGUAAGCUAUCAACAAAAUUAUGGGGCUUUGUCAUUUUCUGGGCUAGUUUGUUGUAUUUCUAGCCUUUUCACGCUAUGAGUAUGUCAAAUGUUUUUAUUUUAAUUCACUUAUGUUGUGUUU